AUGUCAGUGCCUUCAUCUGCCACUGUUUUCAUUUUCAGACUUGGAAUAUAUGGGCUUCGAAAUAUAGAUUUUCUCACAGAAACGCAAACCAAACCAGCCAGCAAAGGAUAUCUAACAGUGAAAGACAAUGAGUUUGUCAAUAUUAUCUACCAUCAGCCAACAACGCCACUUCACGUGGACCUUGAAUGGGAUGCCCUGAAAAUCUCACGCCUCAACUGUCACACCGAAUCAAAUUUCGGACAUGACUUUCUAUGGGUGAGCCCACUGCAGUGGGCUCAACUAUAUCCUCCCUCUGCUGACUCAUUUUAUAAUUGGCCGCGACAUUACGAUUUCACACGACAUUCCCAGAGAUUCAUGGCAUAUAUUCCACUACAUAAGGAUAGAUUCAGCUUGUACGGUCUCACUGCGUUCUGCUCCAAUAUGGGGCUUGUUGGCCUGGGCACUCAUUUUUGCUCUCGGUCACACUCGCCCAAGACAUACUGGUAUGGAGAACAAAAGGGCUGUCCUGUUCAUGUCCAAUUGGAAAAUUCAGAAACUUUAAGCCUGCUUACAGUCUUCUGGCACCGGGAUGACCAUCUGGCGAAACCUUAUCUCAUUGUCACAACAAGCAAGCAGAGAACGUUUACUCUUGGACCAUGUUUUGCACCUCCUAAGAUCGACACAAAGAAUGUGUUUAGUGAGAGCGGUGGUGAUAUCUUAGGCCUGUAUUAUGACAAAUCACUAGGCAUAACCAGUUUUACUAGCAUGGGUACUGUCUGUCGCCCACGUGAAUCUUCUUCAAGCCGAACACCCAAUCAUUCCGCACCAAUAACACGCCACUCUGACAUGAUAUAUCUUUUGCAUACUUCCCCAUUUGGCGGCUUUGCCUCCCAAGCCUCUUUGAAGAAUGUCAUAAGCCUGAAAGCUUGCUAUGUGGGAUCUAGAUGCAAGGGUAUGCUGCUUGUUUACAAAGGGGAUACCACAUGCACUUUGGGUCAAUGGUAUGAAAAUACACAAGCUCAGCCUGAUGUACAGGAAAUCUAUUUUCAGCAUGACAAUGUGCUGAGGUUCCACCUGAUGCAAGGAAAGGGUAACAAGCAAUUUCUAGCACGGGUUGAAUCCUUGCCCAAGGUCUUUCCCUUAGAUACAAGUGAUAAGUGCAUAGAUAUGGUGUAUGGUGAUGAUAUCGUUUGGCUGUUUUCGGAGUACUCCGACAUCAUCUUCCGUGGGUCAGAAGUCAUUAGCACAUGCAACACUGAUAGGAGAUCAUCAAGUGCUUUUCCUAUGGUUAUUUCCGGGUUUUAG